AUGGGCAACACCUCUAGUCUCAUCGCAGGUCGGGAAUGCCUGCUUUCUGCCGUCGGGAACAGUACAAGAUUGGUGGCCUUCGGGGACGAGCCUUUGUUUCGAGUAUCUGAUGCGCUCCCUCGUAACCUGGAGUUCCCAGCCACUCCAGUGGCGGUAACAUACCCUGAUUCUCCCGAGCAAAUAUCCGACAUCCUUAAAUGUGCGGCAAGACAUCAACGGGCAGUUCAGGCUCGGUCCGGUGGCCACAGCCUUGGGAACUUUGGGCUGGGAGGCACAGAUGGGGCAGUCGUAGUGGACAUGAGCCAUUUUCAGCAGCUCUCCAUGGAUUCCAGCUCCCAUAAGGCAACAAUCGGACCAGGACUACGCCUGCAGGAUUUAGCCCGGCAGCUAGCAGUCUGGAACCGAGCCAUGACCCACGGCAACUGUCCCACGGUUGGAGUCGGUGGCCAUUUAACAAUAGGAGGUAUUGGGCCCACUGCCCGCCAAUGGGGAUUGGCUCUUGAUCAUGUUGAUCAGGUCGAGGCAGUCUUGGGAGACGGCCGGAUAGUGAAGUCAUCUUCCUUUCAGAAUACCGACCUCUUCUUUGCACUGAAUGGAGCUGCGCCGAAUAUCGGCAUCGUCACCCAGUUGACAGUUCGCACCCACCCUGCACCUUCCGUGGCGGUAGAGUAUAGCUACACGAUAGAUCUCGACCCGGAAGAUUUCCAACAACAGGCAUCCGCGUUUGCUGAUUGGCAGACGCUCGUUGCUGACCCCAAGCUGCCCCGAAAGCUGGACAUAUCUCUGACCAUCCGCGCCCAGGUCGUGUUGGAGAUAUCGGGAAAGUUCUAUGGCACAUUGAAGGAGUUUGACGCACUCGGCCUGGAAACCCGAUUUAAUUUCUCAAGGAAACGCAUGCGUGUGCUCACGGGCUGGCCCAGCAUACUGAAUGCGACGCUCUCUGACCCUGGUUGGCGUUACUCCUACGACAAGACCAUGGGAAUAACCCCCAGGCAUCCGCUCCCCGAUCAUGCCAUCGUACAACUCUUACACCAUUUAGCUAACGCAGAUGCCGGUCCGGCCAGCUGGGACUUGACGUUUCGACUUGUCGGUGGUGCAGUCAACGACCGGCCGACCAAUGCGACGGCCUUUGCGCAUCGCGAUGUGCUAUAUUGGAUCACGUUUCAUGCACGAACCAGCAGUCUUGGGUUAUCAUCAACCACAUUUGGUUUUCUUGACCGUGCAUAUGACCUACUAAAUGCUUCCCUACCCGGCCGUCGUCCAAUGUAUUUGGGGGACCUCGAUCCUCGAAUAGCCGAUGCGCAGCCCAUGUACUGGGGGCCGAAUUUACUCAGGCUGGAGGAAAUCAAGGGCGAGGUAGACCCCCAGGAUCUGCUUCAUAAUCCGCAAGGGGAGGAGACAGAAUUAUCCCACUUCCUUUCUUCUUCAUUGGAUUAUGUGAUUGUCGGUGGAGGUUCAGCAGGGUUGGUGCUAGCCACCCGCCUGAGCGAGGAUCCCACCGUCCAUGUGGGCGUCCUGGAGGCCGGCAAGUCCCGAAUCGAUGAUGAGAACGUAGACUCACCUCAAGGGAUUCCAAGCCUUCUUCAUAACCCUGAGUAUGAUUGGGCAUUAAAUUCAAUUCCCCAGCCCGGGACUGACGAUAGAGUCCAUGUCCUUUCCGGUGGUAAAAUGCUGGGAGGAUCGAGCGGUAUCAAUUUCAUGUGUUACUGUCAACCACUGGAGGAUGACAUCAACAUCUGGGGUCAACUAGGGAACGUUGGUUGGUCUUGGGAUGAACUCGCCCCAUACUUCCAAAAGACUAGAGGCGGAGAGACAGAGCUCUCCAACGGCCACGUGGGCUCCAUCAAAACAUGCUUCCCCAGCGGGGACCUAGAUAUUGAGCGUGCUAUGCUGGAUGUCUUGAAUGCGGCCACUGGCGGGGAACGACCAGGCUUCUAUCGACCUCUUUCCGCCAUCGAAUACGGCGGGGCAAGCGAAAAGCCAACCAGAAGCUAUGCCUCGACCGGCUAUCUCGCACCCAACGUGGGACGGGCAAAUCUCCAUAUUCUUUCGGAAGCCACAGUGUGCAGAAUUCUGUUCGAGUCAGGGGCGCCGUUGCGCGCGCAAGGAGUUGAAUUCUGCUACGGUGGAGCCGUCCACAACGUCUCAGCCAACGUGGAAGUCAUCCUGUCGGCAGGGACAUUCCAUAGCCCACAGAUCCUAGAACUAUCGGGAAUUGGGGACCCGGAUGUUCUGAACGCAGCCGGCAUCGACUGUCGACUGCCUUUGGUGGACGUGGGUAACAAUCUUCGGGAGCAUCCCAUGGCAGUUGUCAGCUAUAAUCUCCGGGCCUCCAAUGAUACCGCCCCGCCAGAACCCUCCGUUUCACUCAGAGAACCAAUUUCCACAGAAUGCUUAGUCCGUCUCGUAGGGUUCCUGCCCUAUGCAUCUCUCGUAGCGCCAAGUGAACUUGACCAUGCCGGGAUUGCGGCCAAUACGGGCCACAACCACAGUGUAUACCAAAGGGCUCUGGCUAAGUUUCGGGAUCCACAGCGCUCUCUGGUGCAACUAAUCGGCCACCCUGGAGGAUUUGGUCUUGCGGACAGUGUUCCGCGACAUGCUUCCUACAGUCUUCUAGUGAUUGGGAGCCACCCACAGUCUCAGGGCAGUUGCCAUAUCCUUUCCCAGGACCCCUUCAGAGCUCCUCGUAUUGACCUAGGGAUUCUGUCGCAACAGGAGGAUGUCAACGUGCUUGCCGCCGGAGUGGCCUUUGCUGACAGCACUUUUCACUCUGAGCAUAUCGUCCACCACAUCGCGGAACGCGCCUUUCCGGACCGUUCCAUUGACCUCCAGGAUCGAGACCAAGCUUGUCGGUUUGUACGGAAUUCCGCUGUGGCUUUCAAUCAUGGUGUCGGAACCUGUUCCAUGGGGAUCGUUGUCGACGAACAACUGCGGGUGAAGGGAGUGAGAGGGCUGAGGGUGGUGGAUGCCAGCGUCAUCCCGCUUCACAUGGCGGGGAAUCCCAUGUCCACGGUGUAUGCGCUGGCUGAGCGAGCAUCAGACUUAAUUAAACUGGAUACUGAAACGUGCUAG